AUUGAAACUGAUAAAGAACAAGGGAAACGGAAAACCAACUGCUCUGUUCAGACUUUAUAAAAAUAAGUUCAUUACUCAUUUAUUACUUGGGCAGUAUUUUCAAUUUAGUAAAAUAAUAAGCCUACUACAAUUUUUUUAACGAUAAAUUUACAUUUAUAUUCGUAGACUGAUUCAAUUAAUAUUUAUUAUUAAUUACCAAAUUUUAAUAUAAGAUAAAAGCACUGGUGUCAAAUAUGCAUCGUCAGUUGUUACCAUUUACGAUUGUUUGUCGAAAACUCAUUUAUUGAUUUUUUUAAUAGCACAUGCUCAGAUAAGCAAAACUGAGUCAGUCGCAUAUUAUAAUUUUCGGUAUCAUCUAGAAUUCGUUUUAUUUUAUCCUCCAAAAAUGGAAGAUCUUUUACAGAAUUUAAUUAAAGAAGCCAGCGGCCCAAGAUUAAGUUCCAUAAGACAAUCUGCUCAAGAAGCACACGAUUUAUUAACUUCCCAAAAUAAUUUGUUGAGGAAUCCUUCAUUUGAGUUGCGAGCUGCUUGUUUUAACUCAUUUCGACAUGCGUUUGAAACUAAACGAAGCAAACUAGUUACAAUGGCAAUUACAGGGUUUAACAAAAUUGUGCGAGACGACCGCUUCCAAAUUGGAACAGAACCUGAAGAUGAUUCACUUUGGCUUCCAGCACAACUACUUAAUGCCACCACAACCAUUUUAACCCAUUGUGAAGACACCCAAGUUCACGUGUUGCGAGUUUUUUUGAAUAUGGCAUGUGGAACGAGCCUUGCAUUGAACGGAAGAUUGGUUAUUUUACUAAUCAAUCGCUUUGGAGAAGCAUACGAAAAUGGAACUCAGCCUAUUAGAGCCGCAGCUCAGGCUGCCGCCAGUCAAACGUUGACAGCCUUUUGUGCUUUCCUUGACGAGGAAUGUCAGGAGAUUCUUUCACAACAACAAAAGCAUAAAAAUUCUGGUAGUAGCGCAGAAAUGGUGUACAGCAAGACAUCAGCCGUUGCAUGUUUUAAUGAAGCAAUUCCAGUCAUGCAGUAUAUCUCCAGUAGACUUGAAGAAACAAAAAUUCUUCCAAAACCCAACGAUAUUACAGUCUUUCUACUUGAAUGCCUUUUAACGUUGGUGAACACAUUGCCGCAAACUGUUCAUUCAAAUUUGCACUUCACCACUUUCUUGUGGCAGCGCUUUUGUCCUUCCUUACUUUCUCUGUUGGGGACUCCAGGAGAUCCCGAGAGUCGAAGCUUAACGACCCAACAGGCAAAAAUCGUGUACAGUAUUGGAAUUCAAGUUGUACGAUUAGUGGGCAGAGAAAGGCAUCUCCGACCAGUUUUAGAAGCGUUAUUCCAUAGAAUGCUUUUGCUUCCAACUCCUGGAAAGCGACUUGAGCCACUUCGAGCAGCCAAGGAGCUACUAAGGUCUCCUGCUAGAUUGGCUGACCUAUUGCUGCUAAGCGGACCCAUCCAUAGACACGCUGGGGAUGAUAUGGCAAUUAUAAGACUUAUCAUGGAUUCGAUUGAAGAAUCGUCGCAACACAACGAUCCCGCUAUCAUGUUGGCCAGUGUGGAAUGCGUAAGAGCACUUUUAGGUUCUUUGGAAGCCUUAUGUAAGGGUGAGGGGCUAGAUAUGGAAGGUUCUGAAAUGGCAAACAGUCGAUACCCCACCCUUGAACAAGCUGAUUACACAGGACCAUUGACUUACCAAUCAUUAGCUCGUUUGCCAAAACCUUACAGAGAUGUAGUUGCCAAUCUCAAAUAUCACAACGAUUCAGACAGCAGUGGUGUAGAAGGCGGAGGACAAAUUGUUGAAGGAGAAACUGAUUCUGAUUGUUCUGGGGUAACUGAAGGUCCUGAAGAAUUCGGAGUUCAUUCCGACGACAGUAACACAGAUGAUGAAAAUUAUUCAGCGAAUCAUGAAAUCAAGAAGUUACAUAAUCUUCCAAAGGCACUUCAACUGGGACGUAAUGGCAUAGACGAAUGCAAUGUUGAUUUAGAAAGACAUAAUGCUAGACAUUUCGUAAAAACGUUACAGAACAUUUUACUUCCCAGUUUGCUAUCUCUUCGAUCUUCAAUACAAAUAGACGAAUAUAUGCAGGAAUUCGCUUCCAAGUGUUGCCAGCACAAUUCGUCUCAGAACUACGAAAUAUCUACCAUUAUGAAUGCUGACGGGGUUUAUUUGGCUACAUAUUCAGCUCUCCUGCUUAAUCUAAAAUUAAUCCAGAUUGGGCAUUACGAGGAACGCAACGGAGAGGCUCUGGUUCCAAUGAGUGAAGCACAGUUCGUUGAGGAAAUUCAUGGAAGUGGUAUACUUGUUUACGUUUCUGCUACUUGGUUGUGUGAACUAUAUCAAAACGUAAUUGCAAAACCGUUACUGCUAACUGCUGGUUACGAUCCGAAAAGUCCUAACCAACCAGCAUUAAUUAAUUUAUUAAAUGAUGUAGGGGGUAUGUCCCCUUCUCAGCUCCUCAGCGAUUGGCAAAAACUGCAGAAAGUUAGAGGGACUCCGGAUAUAAGUCCGGAAGUAGAAGCUGGCACGAAAUUGUCACGAAGGGUGUUAACGUGCUGUUGGGGAUCCGUUGUAUCCGUUCUUGGUUCAGCGCUUGGUGAAAAGCCACCACCCGGAGGUACAUCUGCACUUAGUAGGCUCGUUGCCCGGAGAGCACGUCAAAAACUUAGACAGAGGAUAAAAGAUGACGUCAUUAGUGCCAGCUUGGAAGGUUUACACAAGGCUGCCAGUUUGAGUAAUACGUUAAAACUGCAGUCCAGAAGUAGCAGCAUCUUAGCUUUGUUGGCUUCAUCGUCCUGUAAGAACCAAGGACCUAAAAUUUUAGCAUCCCAUGCUUUGUCUUUGGACGUUCUCCUAUCAAAAGGUUUAGCGUUGGGGUCCCACAGUUCGUUAUGUUGGCCUCACGUUUUUAAUGCAUGUGUCGCUGUAGCGGCUCUUGAGCACGCUCUUUUCAGCAAAGCAGGCUCUACGCAACUCCUUAUGGUAGCUCAAAAUCCUCAGAAUAACGUUGUUACAUCUACCACUGCAAUAAACACUUGCGAGAAGCUGAAUAUGAGUUACAACGUUUCCAGUGACGAUGAGACGUGUGUGGAUGUAUACAGUUUUCUCCAGAAUACCACAAAUCUGUCAGGGUCUAACACUGACGCUAGCGUUGCUGAAAUUGUAGAAAGAAGUGGGGUGCAUAACACUCAAGGUCCAGGAAUAUUAACAGGGGUUAAUGCAGCUAAGGUUUGCUGCGUCUUAUCCACAAGGGCUGAUGAACUGUUUCAUUCAGCAGCGCUGCGUUUAGCGCUUCCAGGGCUGUGCAGUUUUCUCAACGAAUUAUGUAAAGCCUCGUACGCACAGUUAUUCGCCAAAUUUGACGAAUUGCCAAAGAAGCCCAAAAAGUGGUGGAAGAAAGAAUUGGAGUCUUAUCAAAAACCACCCGCCACUUUACUUCUCCAUCGAAUUGGAGAAGUGACCUUGAAAUGCAUUCGGUCAGGAAGACCAUUGAUUCAUACCAUGAAAGUGUGGUCCAUUGUGGGACCUCACUUUAUGCAAGCAGCUUGCCAUAAAGACAGAGCUGUUUCAAAGAAAGCUGUUACAUGCAUUCACGAUGCAGUAACUGCACUUCUGAAUGAACAGACGGAACUGCCACAUUUCCAUUUCAACGAAGCACUCUUUAAACCGUUCGAGAAUCUCCUUUGUCUUGAAUUAUGUGAUACAGACGUACAAGAUCAAAUUGUAUCAUGCUUAUGUGAAUUCGUCGAAGGUAACAGAACAGAAAUAUCAUCAGGAUGGAGGCCGCUAUUCGGUACAUUAAGAGUAGCGAAUUCUCGUCAAAAUGCUGCAGCCAUUUUGGAAGUCUUCAAAGUAUUCCUACAAACGGAUAACACGCUAGUUUUUGCUAACGCUGCUCUCGAUUACAUAUUGUGUCUCCUCUCGCAUAUUAGAAAUUCAGACAGCGACGAUUCAAGUGUGGAAAAUUUACCGUCUACCAAAAUCGUGAAAAACACCAAAAAUGUUAAGAUUCAGGAGCAGCAAAAGAUCAGUUUCCUUGACAGCUUCGAUUUAAGAAGCAAAGAUAACUCCUUUGUAUCUAAAGAGGUAACGAGUACUUCAGAUUUGUGCCUGGAAUCCUUGAAAUUGCUUCAGAACUGUGCUACCAUUUUGUCUAUGAUGUACCACAUGCCGAAAUGUCCUACAUUCAAUUUAACACAUAGAAUGAACAUCGAUACAGAACCCCAAUUGGUAGACCCCAUAAUUCAGAAUUCUGACAUCAUAACAUUUAGCCAGACCGAAUUAGAACCACCAUCUUAUAAACUGCUCUCACUGCAGCAAGAUUUAGAAAAUUGCGAUAGGGAUGGUAUUACCCUUCCUAAAAUGGACAAGGCUAGUGGCGUACUGAAAGUAUGGUAUGUUUUACUUGAAGGACUUACAUCUGCUUCAGUCAUAUCAUCUCAUAAGAAUCAGCCUUAUAUUUUGGAAACGCUGUUCAAAUUGUUAAAAGAUCUUAUAGUAAAUCCAGGGGUGGAUUUUGGCUUCUAUUGUAUUAAUCAUUUGCUAUUGCCCAUGGUUCAAAAUUGGCUUCGGCAGAACUGCAAGGUUCCAAAGACGACCGAUAUUGGACAAAAUUUCAAACACUGCUGCGGUAUGGCGAGUGAGCUUAUUGUAGAAUAUCUACACCACUUGCAAGGGGAAAAAGAGAACGAACAUGAAAGUUUACAGAACCUUCUGCGAAAAGAACACCCUGGUGCUACUCUUGCCCUCAAGCAGCUUCUUUUGAUUCUGAUCGAAUGUAUCUCGCAACCUAAUGAAAAUAUUGCUCGGUUAGGAACUUCGUGCAUGAGACACAUCAUUCUUAACGUCGGUCAAAUACUGAAUUCGCAUCAGUGGGAAAUUUUGGUAACUGGUGUACAUCGAGCUUGUGAAAUUAGCUUGCACCCUCUACAACAGAUUACACUGGCUUUCAAGCCGCAUUCAGAUAGUUUUUACGGAGACUUGGCAACCGUUAAAGUUGCAGCUCGAAAAGAUAGCACAGUCAAAGAGAACGAAAGAGUGUAUGAAUUAGCUAGACAGGUGUUUCUUAUGCAGAACCAGAAAUCUUGUAAUAAAUGUACUGGAAAGGUUUGCGAGUGUGACAAAACUACUUCCAGUUUUGUAAUCGACGAUCGAAGUUACGUCUUCUUGUUGUAUCCUUUGGAUAUGGCUUCAUCCUUAAAUCCUGAUUUGUAUACAUUACGGGUUCCAUUCAAGAACUUGGUAGUAGGAAUUCUAGCUCAUCAAAUGUUAAUCCAAACAAUCUCCAGCGCUCUUCUACAAAAUUUAAACCAUGUGACUCCUAUACUGAACAUUCUCCAGGUAAAUUCCUGCAGUCUUCGAGGUAUUUUGACCCACGUGAAUGCAAAGCACAUAGAUACUUUGUUGAAAUGUCUAGAACUUUCAAGUGAAAGAGCGAGGGACUUCGACAUUAGGCCUGGCCUGAAAUUUUUAACUCAGAAAGUAGGAAAUUUAAAUAAGGCUGCUAACCUUUAUACCCAAAGCAAUACUUCCGAAGUGGUACAAAUAAUAGUAUUGAUAGAACUUUGCCUAGACGGAAUUGAAAAGUAUAACAUCACACCAAACGGCAUAAAAGAAAUUCUAGCUAAAGAUGAUAAGCAAAGAUGUAGCACUGAUUUGAAAUAUGUCGAAAAGUUUCUGAGAAAUCUCCAAACUAAGUGGGAAUUUUUGUGUGAAUCCUACGUUAACCUGAGGAUUAAUAUUCCUGACGAACGAAGCGAAUGUGCAAGUGAAUUAAGUACAUCGGAAGAAGUGUUAAAUAAUGGAGUUAAUGAGGAUGCCGUUAAAUCAGAAAAAGAUCAAAAACCAAAGCCGUUUAAACUUAGCGAUUUUAAAAGAUCCGACAGCUUUACCUCAACAGAUUCCGAAAGUUACUUAGAGAAAAGUCCUUUCACUGAUCUUAAAAGCGAAAAUAAAAAUUCAAAAGAUUCAGACAAAGAGGAUGCAAACUGUAAGACUAAACUUCUUUCCAAGAGCAAUUGUCCUAACUCUGAUGACGAUGAAAAUGAAACAUCUGCUAAUAAAGCAACUAAAACCAACUUAAGUCACGAUUAUAAGGUACCUACGAAUUCCAUCAAAUACGACACGAAUACUUUGAUGCAAAUUAGAGCAACAAUUUCUAUCGAAAACAUUACCCCAAAAAUAAAAGACACAAAAAGGACAAUGUCCGAAAGCUAUGAUAUCGAUAAGGAUAUCGAGCAAAAGGUUGAAGCUAUGAUGGAGCAGUAUAGAAAACGUAAAACAAAUCACUAUGUUGCUUCUACACCAAAAACGGAAUCCUUUAAUACUGGUGGAACUAUAAUACCACCACAACCAAUCCCACCAGAAAUUCAACAACAGAGGGCUAUAAGCAUUUUCAAGGAUUCGGAAGCUUAUAGAAGUGCUAGGAUUGAAACCAUGGAAGCGUGCAUGGAGCUUUUGUGCAGUUUACCGUCUGAAAAGCUUUCUCCAUUGGCUACGGUUUUGAAACAAGGUGCUUUAAUGUUAUUAGGGGCCCAAGAAGAAAAAAUUCAACUUGCUGCAGAAAAAUUGCUUCAGCGAAUGAAUAUUUCUUACAUUGAAGAUGACAAUAUGAGCGUUUAAUUUUAACAUACACAUAUUAUAUUCUUCUUAUCGGAUUUGAAAUAAGAAUUCUUAAUUACUUAACAGAUAUAUGUAUUUAACACAAGACAUUUCAAAUGUAUACCCUGAAGUAUCUAAACUCUAAGAACUUAUCAUUUUAAAACAAUAUUCCAAGCAAGCCAGUUGCUCUGCAUUUGUAUUGUAACGUCACAAUCAGUAUUAUUACAACGUAUUAAACUUCUUCGUUUUUGCUAUCUUCAGAUCAAUGUAUUUAUUUUAAAUAAUAAAAUAUAAUCUUUA